AUGAUUUCAAGUCGUUCAAAGUCUCUAGAAGAUCACAAUGUUUUGCUAAAUUGUUCGAAGCAAUUAUUCGAAACUUCGGUCGCUGUCAAGCGUUUGAUUAUAAACCAAUGGCACAUCAUAAGCAGAGUACUAAAAGAUCUGAAGGGAGUAUUUCUGCAAGUUUUUCUUCCGGUGGAAAAACGACAGCAAAAUUUUACGUUUGUUGAUGCUUUGGCAGAUGUGACGACUUUAGACUUGGUCAAUGCUACACUCUUCUAUGAGAUUCAUGAUAUGUAUUUCAGUGUAACUAUUUUGUUGCUAGCCUUGACGCUUGGUGAAAUUAUUGGUAAUUUGUGGACAGAAUUCGCUUGGGCACCACAGUUGGCAGUUUACCAGGCAUUAACUGUCAUUUUGUUGCUUCCGCUACAGUUAAGUGUGGAAAGAAUACAUGAAACAAUUAAACAGCGUCGUUCGGAUUUGUACGUCAAAAUUUUCUUUAUUGGUUUUUCUAUGGGUCGUUUAUGUGAUUACAAUUUAAUGCUUAAUGCACCAAAGAUUAUUUGUCCUAUGGUGUUUUGUAUUUUGAUUGAUAAAUUUGGAGUUUUCAAAGAGGAUGAUAUAGAUCUUCGACAAAAACAAUCUCAUUGUUCUUCUCCUAUUCGUUUCUUUACUAGGCAAGAAGAAUCUCGAUUGGAUUUAUUUAUUGGACUUGCAUUAACUGUUAAUGGGAUAGUUUGGAUACUUUUGUUGUUAACUGCUCGAAUUUCCUUCUUCUGUUUUUUCCUUUCGUUUAUAUGUUGUGGAAUUAAUCUAAAGGUUCUAUUUAUUCAUUUUCAGUUAUUCUAUUAUGGUCUUAAUCAACUUUUGCAAGAAAUUUCAACAAUUCAACGACCUAUCUGGAGUUUUGGUGCCACUAAUCCAUGGUUGGCCAAUGCUGAUCUUGUUUAUGUAUUUUGUGUGCUUGCAUUCGAUGUGUUCGUUUCUGUUAUUUGA